AUGAGUAAGGGCAGCUUGCUGCUGUGCUCGCUGGUGCUGGUGCAAGUCUGCAUCGUCCAGCUGUGCCUGAUCUCGAGCUGGCAGCUGACCGCAGGCCAGGCUGGGGGCAAGUUUUUGUGCCACCAAGAUCCGAUCGGGAGGCCGCCGCGGUUGAUGUCAAACCAUGGCCGCGAGGACCUCCACGGCCACAGCUUUGAUUGGAUCUUCGACGAGGAGCUCGCUGAGGAAGGGUAUGCGAGCGACGGUGGAGGCGUGCUUGUGGAGGAGGAAGAGGGUGGCUGCCUGAUGAGGACGGCGGCGGUGGAGCCAAGGGCAGCAGCUCCGGUAGCGGCGGCGGGGAUGUCGAAUGUCCCGAGUGUAGGCACCAGCGAUAUGACAGCCGCUGAAGCGCACGCUGAUGGAUACGGUGGCUCCAUUGUGAAAAUCCCCAAGAAGAGACGUAAUAUGCUCAAAGAAAUCAGGGAGGCACAUAGGAAGAAGACGAAGCUUGUGCCACCGCCACCUCCGAAGGAGAAGGGUCCGUACAUCUGCAAGUAUUGCUACGCAGAGUUCUCCACGCACCAGGCCCUGGCUGGGCACAUGGCCGGCCAUCACAGGGACAAGAAGGUCCAGACACUGGACGAUGCCUCGUCCAGGGCACACCAGGGCAUGGCUGCCCAAAGCCAGGAUGGGAAGCUGCAAGUUAAAGGCGGUGGUGACGAUGACGACAGUUGGCGUGACAGCGGUCUGUCUCUGCGAAGGGGCCUGCUCUCCGAGCAGCUCUCCAUGGCAUCGAACGUGCCGCGGCAGUCUCGCCAGGCGUCGGGAGGGCAGAUGAUAAAGAUGAGGCAGCAGCACUCAGGAAGGAGGAGCGAUGGCCUGGCACUGGCAGCGCCGACGCCGGCACCGACUUCUCGACUCAAGCAGACGACAGAGGUGGGCGAAGGCUGUUGA